ACUUUUCACAUCCACCAGCUGUCCCAACAACGAUUAACUGCACCCGCCCAAUCGCAUCCAUCUGAUUCUUUCAACGAAUUUCAAAUCAUCCACACAGUCCAUCAAAAUGCCCCCCAAGGCCGCCGACAAGAAGCCCGCCAGCAAGGCCCCCGCUACUGCCUCCAAGGCUCCUGAGAAGAAGGAUGCCGGCAAGAAGACCGCUGCCAGCGGUGACAAGAAGAAGCGCACCAAGACUCGCAAGGAGACAUACUCUUCUUACAUCUACAAGGUCCUCAAGCAGGUCCACCCCGACACUGGUAUCUCGAACCGUGCCAUGUCCAUCCUGAACUCUUUCGUCAACGACAUUUUCGAGCGUGUCGCCACCGAAGCCAGCAAGCUUGCCGCCUACAACAAGAAGUCCACCAUCUCCUCCAGGGAGAUUCAGACCUCUGUUCGCCUUAUUCUCCCCGGUGAGCUGGCCAAGCACGCCGUUUCUGAGGGCACCAAGGCCGUCACCAAGUACUCCUCGUCCACGAAAUAAGCGACUUGUUCGCAGUGUUUUUCUUUUCGGGCAUUGGAUUUGCUUGACACUGGGUGUCUUGAGUUGAGACCCGUCAAUCGAUUCAGCUUGGCUUUGGGUCUCUUAAUGCGUUACGGAUGGUCUGCUUUUUUGGGGGCAAUGUCUUCACGGUCAAUCGGGGUUCGCGGCUGUACUAUACCUUGAGAAUAGGGUUUCGGACGAAAUGAAAUCGUGCAUAUGAUUUUCAUCAA